CUCGCAGGUUGGAGUUUGCCCUCGUGUCACCCCCGUCACCAGGCGGGGAGGGCAGAGGAGGCGGCUGAGGCAGGGCCGGAGGGGCAGCCGCGCGGUCCUCGGCGCCCGGAGCCGCCGUGCGGAGUGACCGCCCCCGGAGCCGCCGACUCCCUCCUUCCGUCCGGCCGGGCGCCUUCACUCCCGUCCUCCCCCGCCCGAUCCUCAUCCUCUCCUUGUGUGUGCGCGCUUUAAAUAAUUUCCUCCUUUUUGGCAAAAGGAAUCAUGCACCUGACUUUACCAAGGGAAACAACCAGCCGAGCAGAACGAGGAACAGAUGUAAAAGGAAUAAAAGGAAAAGGAGAUGCGACUGGCUUAAAGAAAUCCAGGGGCUGACGAGGUGGCUGCGGCGGCAGAGGCAGCUGGAGCUUCCCUGUCUGCGCGCGCUGCAGGCAGAGGACGUUUCCACCAGUUGCAGAUGCAACCUCGGGAACUCCUGGGUCUGUGGGUUUGUUUGCCAAACAAGUCUUUUCUUCUUCGGCGCAGACACUGAAGAGGCCCCUGAAUGUUUCUGCGAUCCUGCCACAAGCUGGCAGUUACCCCGGAGCCUUCCCCAGGAGCUGGAGAAGAAAUGAGCCCUUCUGGGCGGAGGAUGGGCGAAGGGCGUCAGCAGCGGGGGGCUCCAGCCAGGAAGCGUUUCCUGCUCUCGGGGACGAGAGGGUCACCCCGCUGGGGGCCGGGCGGCGGCGGCGGCGGCAUCGGAGCGCAGCGCUCCCUGCUCGGGCUCUUCGUGCACGCGUGGCUGUGGGCGGCCUCGGGCUCGUCUGCCCAGUUGUUCAACCUCAGCCUUUACGUGGACGAGGGGCUGCCCCCGGACACGCUGGUCGGUGACAUCCGCGCCGGGCUGCCGGCGGCACAGCAGCAGGAGGGCGGAGGCUUCUUUCUGUCCGAAGACUCCGAGGACUCCCCACUGCUGGACGACUUCCACGUGCACCCGGACACUGGCAUCAUCCGCACGGCGCGGCGCCUGGACCGCGAGCGACGGGACCACUACAGCUUCGUGGCUGCCACGCUGCUGGGCGCUGUGGUGCAGGUGGAGAUCUGCGUCAACGACGUGAAUGACCACUCGCCUCGCUUUCCGCGCGACUUCUUGCAGCUCGACGUCUCCGAGCUCAGUCCGCCAGGUACCGCUUUCCGCCUGCCAGGUGCCCACGACCCUGACGCCGGGCUGUUCAGCACACAGGGCUACACCCUGGUGCAACUGUCCGACCCGCCCGAGGACCCUGCAGGACCGUUCUUCCAGUUGCGCUACGGAAGUCCUGGGCCACCACCGUUGUCACCCCUGCCGGGCCCCUCGUCGCCCCUGGAACCCCUAGACCUGGUGCUGUUGCGGCGCUUGGACCGAGAGGCGGCGGCGGCGCAUGAGCUGCAGAUCGAGGCGUGGGACGGCGGCAGCCCGCGGCGCACCGGCCACCUGCGCGUGGAGCUGCGCGUUCUGGAUGAGAAUGACAACCCGCCGGUUUUCGAGCAGGGCGAGUACCGCGCCGCGGUGCGCGAGGACGCCCUGCCGGGCGCCGAGGUCUGUCGGGUGCGCGCCACUGACCGCGACCUGGGACCCAAUGGCCACGUGCGCUACAGCGUCCGCGCCCGGCCAGUGCCCGGGGCGGCUAGCGGCGGCGGGCCACUGGGCGACGCGGCCUACUUCGCCGUGGACGAGCGGAGCGGCGUGGUGCGCGUGCGAAGACCUCUGGACCGCGAGGCGCAGGCCUGGCACCAGCUGGUGGUCGAGGCCAGCGACGGAGGCGCGGAGCCCGAGGUCGCCACGGUGCGCGUGUCCAUCGCCGUGCUGGACGUGAACGACAACCCGCCCGCCCUUCACCUGCUCUUUCUCACUGAGGGAGGCGCCGCCUGUGUCUCUGAGGGCGCCCGAUGGGGCGACUACGUAGCUCGCGUCUCGGUGUCAGACGCGGACGGUGACCCGGAGAAAGAAGAGGACGCCGCCGGGCAGCUUGGCGUGGUUCUCGGCGGCGGGAGCAUCUCUCUGUCCUUGGAGGGUGGAGACGGAGCCUUCGCGCUGCGGCCUGGCGGCCCCCCAGGGGUAUUUUUCCUUUGCGUCGAGGGGCCCCUGGACAGGGAGAGCCGCGAUAUGUAUGCGUUGCGACUGGUGGCCACGGAUGCGGGAUCCCCGCCUCUGAGCACGGAGGAGACGCUUCUGCUCCGAGUCUCCGACCUCAACGACCAGGCGCCUCUGUUUAGCCAGGAGCAUUACCGGGCCUCGGUGUCGGAGGCCGCAGCCCCUGGCACGGCAGUGUUGUGGGUCAGCGCCUCCGAUGCGGACGAGGCUGGCACCGAUCACGCCCGGCUGCGCUACGCUCUAGUCCAGCUCUCGACUCACUGCACCCCAGAGGCUCUGCCGCCCACUGCAGAGUGUGGACCGUCUUUCACCAUCGAUCCCGAAAACGGUGUGAUCAGCACCAUCCGGACUCUAGACCGAGAGGACCAGGAGGCGGUGGAGCUAAGAGUGGUGGCCCAGGACCUCGGAGAGCCCCCGCUCUCUGCCACCUGCUUGGUGAGCAUCACCGUGGAAGACGUGAACGACAACGAACCCAUCUUCUGGAGGCAGGUGUACAAUGCCACCCUUGUAGAGCAUGCCCCAGUUGGACACUGCUUUCUGCAGGUAAAAGCCUCUGAUGCAGAUGCAGGACUCUAUGGCUUUGUUGAGUAUUUUCUUUAUGAUGGAUUCCACAGCUAUGAAGCACCACGAACAUUCGGGAUUGACCCACACGAUGGGAGGAUCUGUGUUUCUCAAGAUAUCGACAGGGAAAGGGAUCCCGCCACCUAUGAUCUCCUGGUGAAAGCUAAGGAUGGGGGUGGGCUAAGUGCCCAAGCUUUCGUUCGAGUGGAACUGGAGGACGUGAAUGAUAAUCACCCUGUGUUUAACCCGUCAACCUAUGUGACAAGCAUCAGCGGCCAGACCCAGCCAGGCACUGAGAUCAUCGAUGUUCUUGCCACCGACAAGGAUUCUGGGAUGUAUGGAACAGUGACUUAUGAACUCAUUCCGGGAGACUUGUCGUCCCUUUUCACCAUUGACUCCACCACAGGAAUUAUUUACUUAACAUCAACACUUCGUCAUUUGGAAGCUACAACACUUUUGCUGAUGGUCUGUGCCCGAGAUGGUGGAGGGCUCACAGCUGUAAUUAAUGCCGAUGUCACUAUACACAUUCUGCAGACAGCUAUGGCACCUGCUGAAUUUGAAAGGUUUAAGUACUCUUUCUCAGUUAAUGAAGAUGUGCCUGAAGGCAGUCCUGUUGGAACAGUGAAGGCAAGGGAGCCCUUGAAUUCCUCCGAACCAAUCUCGUACAGAAUUUCCUCCGGCGAUCUGGAUGGGAAGUUCUCCAUUCACCCGUGGCUGGGCACUAUUCGCACGCAGAAGCCCCUGGAUCACGAAACGCAGCCCGCGGUUGUGCUCACGGUCCAGGCACAGCUGGGCAGCUCCCCGGCCUGCAGCAGCACAGAAGUCAACAUAACCGUCAUGGAUGUCAAUGACAAUCCGCCAGCGUUUCCCACCGCUUCCGACGAGGUUAGAAUACCCCAGACCACCCGGCCUGGCACCGCCUUGUACCUUGCGCGUGCAGACGACAAGGACAGUGGUCUGAAUGGAGUCGUCCGAUACACCAUAGCAGGCCGGGAUCCCAGCCGGAAUCCCGGCCUCUUCACCAUCGACGGGGAGCUGGGCGUGCUGUACCUCAGUGACAGUCUGGGCCUUGAUGUGUCGCAGCCGCACACGCUGACCCUCGUGGCCGAGGACCUGGGCGUCCCUCCUCGGGCAUCCCUGUUGGUGCUGACGGUCGUCAUCGAAAGACAAGAACAGAGCCCAGUUGUGGCUUUUGAGCACUUGGUCUACCGAGCGGACGUUAGCGAGGCGCUCGCGCCGACGGCGCAGGUACUGCGAGUCCAGGCCGUCCCCCGGGGCCCGCGGCGCGUGUACUCGCUGGAAGCCGGCGCACGCUCCGCGGGCUUUGCCAUCUGCGCGCACACGGGGCGCAUUUAUUUGCGGCGACAGCUCGACUAUGAAUCCACACAAACCUAUCAUUUUAGAGUGUUUGCCGGGAUCCCGGAGGACAAAUGGUUGCAAAAUGUGAGCACUUCAGUAAUUGUUCAUGUCCUGGAUGAGAAUGACAAUUCUCCUACCUUCUUGCACGACGUGUUGUUUUUGAAAGUAGAAGAGAGCCCCGUUCCCCAAGGGGUAAUAGGCAAAGUUACAGCGAUUGACGCAGACUCUGGAAGGAAUGGACGGCUGUCAUAUUUCCUUCUGUCUGAUGGGAAGUCCUUCAAGAUGAAUGUUAAUACAGGUGAAUUGAUAAGCUGGGUGGCACUGGAUCGUGAGCAUCAGGGGCACCAUCAGCUAACCGUGCUAGUGACGGACCAUGGCUCCCCACCGCAAAAUGCCUCCAUGGUGGUUUAUGUCUCAGUUACUGACAUCAAUGAUAAUAGGCCAUUUUUCCCACAGUGUCUCCCUGGAAAGGAAUUACACAUCAAGGUCCUGGAAGGUCAGCCAGUAAAUACGUUGGUUACAACUGUGUUUGCAAAAGAUCUUGAUGAAGGAAACAAUGCAGAAGUUACAUAUUCAGUAUCUUCAGAAGAUACUUCUGAUCACUUUAAGAUUGAUGCGAACAGUGGUGAAAUAAGAACAAGCACAAUACUUUCCUGUGAUUAUAGACCUUCCUACAGGAUGACUGUCAUUGCCAGUGACCAGGGACUGCCUGCUCUUCAAGGAAAGGCAGUUAUUAAUAUUCAGGUGAUCCCACUAUCCAAAGGGAGGACUAUCAUUUCUCAGAAUAUUAGACAUUUAGUUAUACCAGAAAACUUAAAGCCUGCAAAAAUAAUGAGCUUGAUAAAGUCACCAGAUCACCUUCAGCAGCACCAAACUACAAAGUUACAUUUUAGUAUUGUUGCAGAUGACAGGGACAGUCACUUUGAAAUUGACAGCUCAACAGGAGACUUGUUCCUUUCUAAGGAACUUGAUUAUGAAAUGACAUCGCAUUAUCUUUUCAGGGUGAUUACUGAAGACCACAGCAAAAAUCCUCCUCUGAAUAGCACAGCCUUCCUCAGUAUUGAUGUGGAAGAUCAGAAUGACCAUUCCCCGUCUUUCCAGGACGAGUUCAUUGUGAUAAGUGUAGAAGAGAAUGUUCCUGUAGGGACCCUGGUGUAUGUCUUCAAUGCCAAAGACGGCGAUGGCAGUUUUUUGAACAGUAGAAUACAAUACUUCAUUGAAUCCCACCACCCUGUUAUGAAUCCAUUUCUCAUCCACCCCUCACAUGGCACAUUAGUCACUGCAUCCCCCCUUGACAGAGAGAGCAUUCCAACUGUCAUCCUGACAGUAACCGCAUCUGAUCAGGCUGUGAAUGUGACAGACCGGCAAUUGAGAUCGCUGAUAGCAAAAGUAGUGAUUUUGGACGUAAAUGACCACAGCCCCAUGUUUACGUCUCUCCCUGUUGCCCAUGUCAGAGAGGAUGCCACUGUGGGCUCCUUGGUGCAUCAUAUAACUGCCCAAGAUCCAGAUGAAGGAAGGAAUGGAAAAGUGACAUACAGCAUCCUCUCGGGAAAUGAAAACAUGGCCUUUAUGCUAGAUGAGUUAUCAGGCUUACUAACAACAUCUUGUCCCUUGGAUUAUGAAAUAAAAACUCAACACGUUCUGACUCUUCUGGCUCUGGAUGGCGGCAUGCCAGCACUUUCGUCAUCCCAGACUUUGACAAUUACUGUUCUUGAUGUAAAUGAUGAGGCACCAGUAUUUAAGCAUCACCUGUAUGAAGCUUCCGUUAAAGAAAACCAAAAUCCAGGAGAGUUUGUCACAAAGGUUGAAGCGGCGGACAGAGAUUCAGGAAUCAAUUCCAAGCUUCACUUUGAAAUCAUGCCAGGUGCUUCAUUUGGGUUGUUUGAGAUAAAUUCUGACACUGGAGAGGUAGUGACAACCACCACACUUGACAGAGAAGUUCAGGAAGUCUUCACCCUUCGAGUACUCGUACGAGAUGGAGGUGUCCCUUCCCUGUCCAGCACCACAACAAUUCUCUGCAUUGUUGAAGAUGAAAAUGAUCACGCACCAGAAUUUAUUGUCUCCAGUCAUGACAUUGAGGUUCUGGAAAACCAAGAACCGGAGAUUGUCUAUACUGUUUUGGCCUCUGAUAUGGAUGCUGGCAUUAACAGAGCUGUCAAAUAUCACAUAAUUCAUGGAAAUACUGAUGAGUACUUUGCUAUUAAUGAAACGUCAGGAGAACUCUCAACCAUCCGUGCUUUGGACCGGGAGCAAGUCAACAAUUUUACCCUUGUCAUACAGUGCUCCGACCUAGGGGAUCCACCUAGGAGCUCUGCAAUACAGUUGCAAGUUAGGGUUUUGGACGACAAUGACCACAGCCCUUCCUUUCCCACACUUUAUUAUCAGUCCUCUGUGAGAGAAGAUGCUGAAGUGGGAACGGUGGUUCUUGUGCUCUCCGCUGUGGACAAGGAUGAAGGCCUGAACGGGCGCACUGAGUAUUUUCUGGUGGAUGAGGCUUCCGGUGCAUUUACCAUUGAUCCUGUGGGAGGCAUACUGAGAACGGGCCACACUCUUGACCGAGAAGCUAGAUCUCAGCAUACUUUUAGGGCUGUGGCCAGAGACUGCAGCACCCAAGGCUCAAGGAGUGCCACAGUAAUUAUAAAAGUGUAUGUCACUGAUGUCAAUGACAAUGAUCCGGUUUGGGAGCAGAACCCCUUUGAUGUUUUUCUUUCCCCCCACUCACCUAUAAACCAGACAACUGCCAUUGUGAGAGCCGAUGACCCAGACUUGGGGCCCAAUGGAACUGUCGUCUUUAGUUUUGCAGACACCCAGUCAAUAUUUUCUAUUGAAAAACAUACAGGAGAAAUUCAACUUCACCAAAAUCCAUCUUUGGAAUAUUUUCCUAUCUGGCUGCAGUUAAAAGUUGCCGACCAAGGGGUCCCAGCCAGGACAGCCACUGGUCUCUUGGUCAUUCACAUGGAAGGAGAAGAUGUAAAGAUUUCCUUCAGUCACCAUCUUUAUAAAGGGCUCGUGACUGAAAAUUGUGAGGCAGGUACUUCUGUUGUGACUGUAAAAGCUAUUGCUCCUGACUCAAUGCAGAACAGCAUUCAGUAUUCAAUUUUUAGUGGAAAUGAAGAUGGAGUUUUCUCCCUGUGCUCCAAAUCAGGACUACUCACUGUGAAAGAACCCAAGUUUCUUGAUUUUGAAGUUAGAAAUGAAGUACAACUCAUCGUUUUAGCUGAAAGUAGUGGGCACAGAGCCUACAGCAAAGUAGCAGUGUUGAUACAGGACGUGAAUGAUAAUUUACCGUGCUUUGAGCAAAGGGUUUACCAAGCAUCAGUGUCUGAAGGCCAGCUCUACAAUGCUCACGUCCUACAGGUUUUUGCUACCGACCUGGACAGUGGGUUAAACGGCCUCAUAGAGUAUUCUAUUCUCUCUGGCAACCAAGAAGAAACAUUCCAGAUUGACGCGCUGAGUGGUGUGAUAACAACAACUGCAAUUAUGGAUUAUGAGUUGGCCAGCUCCUACAGCUUGAUUGUGCAAGCCACAGACAAAGGAACGCCCAGGCUUUCUGACACGACUAUGAUCGAAAUACAGGUCAUUGAUAUAAAUGACAAUGCUCCGGCUUUUCUCCCCUCUGAAGCAGUGGAAAUUGCAGAAAAUUCUUUGCCUGGUGUAAUUGUGACUCGGGUGUCAGUUCAUGAUGUGGAUUUGAAUUCAGCUUUCAUCUUCAGUUUCACCAAAGAGAGUAACUCUGGAACCAAGUUUGCUAUUGAUCAGAACACUGGAGUAAUAGUGUUGGUGAAAACACUGGAUUUUGAAGAAACUACUGAAUAUGAGCUACUCAUCCAAAUUUCUGAUUCAGUGCACCACGCAGAGGGAGCACUCAGAGUCCGUGUGCUGGACAUCAAUGAUAACCCACCACUGUUUUCUCAAGAUUUCUAUCAGGUCACAGUUCCUGAAUCAGUACCUGUGGGGUAUUCAGUGUUGACUGUAUCAGCCACAGACUUAGAAAGCAACGAGAACAUUUCUUAUAGAAUCCUUUCCUCUUCUAAGGAAUUCUCCAUCGAUCCUAUGAAUGGUACAAUAUUUACUAUCAAUCCUGUGUUACUUCUGGAUAAAAGAUCAACAAUUCGAUUUCUUGUGGAAGCCAGUGAUGGUGGAAUUCCUGACCUGAGAGCUGUAACAUUAGUGGAGAUAGAAAUACAAGAUGUGAACAAUCAUGCCCCUGAGUUCACAGUAGAACACUACAAUCUUAGCUUGAGUGAAGAUGCUCAGAUCGGAAGCACGCUUGUCACAUUUUCAACCAUUGACCGUGAUUGGACCCACGAAAACACCUAUGUUGAAUAUUCCAUCAUCGGUGGUAAUUCACAGAACAAUUUCCACGUGGAAACUAGUUUCAUUCCUUCAGAGCAUCCUUACAAGCAAGUUGGCUAUCUUGUGUUGUUUCACAGUCUAGACAGAGAAACCACUGCCAGAUAUCAGCUUGUCAUUCUAGCAUCGGACCAUGGCUGCCCUCUCUUGAGUUCCACAACCAUGGUAUCCAUAGAAGUAGUCGAUGUCAAUGACAAUCCCCCUGUAUUCAGCAGUCUGAAAUAUCAUGCCCAUGUCAAGGAAAGCACCCCUCCAGGGAGUCACAUCACUGUGGUCUCAGCAAAUGACUGUGACCUGGGGUCACAUGCAGAAAUCAUCUACCACAUAAUCUCUGGAAACGAGAAGGGACAUUUUCACUUAGAAGAAAAAACUGGAGUUCUUUAUUUGAUUAAACCUCUGGAUUAUGAAGAAAUGAUAAAAUUCACUUUAACGGUCCAAGCUUCAGAUGAAGAAAGGAAACAUUUUUCUUUUGCAGUUGUGUUUGUCAAUGUCCUGGACGACAAUGACCAUGCACCUCAGUUUAUGUUUUCCAGAUUCAGCUGUGUUGUUCCUGAAAAUCUUCCUGUUUCCUCCACCAUAUGUUCUGUAAAUGCUUUGGAUUUCGAUGCAGGUCCUUAUGGAGAAUUGACCUACUCUAUUUUAUCACCCUGUUUUAUCACUCAUGGAAUGCCUUUCGAUCAUGAUCUCUUCCUCAUUGACCCUUUAACAGGGGCUAUUCAUGCUAAGCAAAUACUUGACUAUGAAAAUGGCAAUAAAUACUGCUUCAUAGUUCAGGCCAAAGACAAAGGUGACUCAUCAGCCUCCUUGAUGGUUUGGGUGGAUAUUGAAGGGAUAGAUGAAUUUGAACCCAUUUUCACUCAAGAUCAAUAUUUUUUCAACCUUCCCAAAGGGAAUAAAGUAAGACAGUUGAUUGGCAGAGUGGAAGCCUCAGAUGCAGAUGCUGGUAUUGAUGGAGUCAUCCUUUACUCUCUCGGAACUUCAUCUCCUUUCUUUUCAGUAAAUAAAACUAAUGGAAAUAUUUAUUUGACUAGAGCCCUUCCCCUAGUAAAAAGUCAAGUCAGCAAAGAAGACACCAUUGAAAUGCAAAUAAUCGCUCACAGCCCCAAACCAGACUCCAAGUUUUCCUCUUGCACUGUUUUUGUGAAUGUGUCUUUUUUCUCUGAAGGAAAACACUCAGCAGUAUCCACCAGCAGCUUUUCAAUCAGCCUCGUGGUCUCCUUUUUGGUGUUUCUGUUACUCAUCUGCAUUUUUAUUGUACUGAUUUUAAGACAUAAACAAAAAGACACAGUAAACAAUUAUGAGGACAAGAAAACUUCAUCGUCUUUAGAUAUCAAUUUGAGACUGACCAGGGAUGCCAGCAUGCUCAGCGCCUUCCAGAAAAGUGAGGACUGUGGUAAUGAGGCUGUGCUCAAGGACUCCACACCUGAAUGGCUGAGUUUAAUAAGUAUUAUGGAGAAGGACAUUGUCAAUCUGUAUAGGCACUCAAGCUCCAGUGGCCACUGUUCUGUGGAUGGAGAAACUGCAGAAGAUAAGGAAAUCCAGAGGAUAAAUGAGCAUCCCUACAGGAAGGACUUGGAUUCAGCUCUGAGUGAUCGGGAGUCCAGGGUGCCAGACUCUGGAAUCCCAAGGGACUCGGACCAGCUCUCUUGCUUGUCUGGGGAAACCGAUGUGAUGGUCACUGCUGAAACAGCAGAAGCUAGCCAUGCCUUAGAGGAAGGAGAUCAAGAGGAAGGCUGCAGCAUAACCUAUGUUCAGAAUAAUGUGUUGCUCCAGACACUUCAGAAGAGAGAGGCAAAAGAGAGCAUCCUGGCUGGUGUCAGAAGAGAGUCUGUCUUUAUUUCAGGUGAUCAGGAAGCAAGACAUGCAACCCUUUCAACUCAGACAACCUCUGAUUAUGAUGUAAGAGGCAGCUACAACUGGGAUAAUCUCCUCAGUUGGGAACCUAAGUUCCAGCCUCUUGCCUCAGUAUUUAAUGAUAUUGCAAAACUAAAGGAUGAAUAUUUACAUAUGCCUGGCAUUCCAAAAGAGAGGAAAUCUUUUGUUUUUCCACCACCUUUGAUAACAGCAGUGGCCCAGCCUGGGAUUAAAGCAGUUCCACCAAGAAUGCCAGCCAUAAACCCAGGGCAGCUACUUCAGAAACACCCACGCUCCCCCAUUGUCUACCAUCUCGGUUCUCUGCCAGAAGCCAUGACUCCCAGUUUUUCUCCAGCUCUUUCCCUAUUGACCAUGCAGACUCCUGCCAUGUCUCCACUGUUGUCAGAUGGAGAAUUAUUAGGAAUGCAUGUAAGUGGUACGUGCCAUGAACUGAAAGCAGAAGAUGAAGUUCAAAUAUAAAACAAUGGUGAUGCCUAGCACCUGCUGACCAUUGGUCAACAAUGAGUGACCAGAACACUCUCAAGCAAGCUCGAGACUGGGUUCAUUCUUAUUUAAAAUCAAGUGACAUUAUUUAGUUGGGUUUUUUAAAACCACCUCAUUCAAGUUUCUCCAAUUUCUUCCAGCCUUAAUAAGAAGUUAUUUCCUCUUUUAACCUUUAUGUUUUUCUCUCAGGACUUACAUUUGUGUGUAUCAAAGUUGUGUGUAUUGUCACACCUGGUUUUCUAAUUAUUAGAUUUCCAAAGGACACAGUCAACUUAAUUGACUGUCAGAAUGUUUGUAUGAAAAUAAGUGGAAAUAAAGUAUAGUGCCCUCUAGUCACGUUACUGGUGAUUACACUGUUGUAUAUAUAUUAGUCAAGGCUGAAUAGGGAAUGAGUUUAGACAGAAAGUAAUGGGGAGGAAAAAUCUGGAGGAAUAAAUUUAAGUUUUAAGAAAAAAUGACAGUCUGUGGAUCUGAUAUAUGGAGAGAAGCAUUUCUCCCCUUUCCCCAUAUACCACACUUGUGCAGUUUAGCCGUAAUUGGAAUUUCAAUGUAGUGUCUUUUGGAAAUCUAAUGAGACAUUAAGAAUAAAAUUUUCCAUAAUUCUGUGCCAACAGGAAGAAACAAGUAAGAUAAUAAUUCCUGAUUAAAUGAACCAGAAAUGCAUGUCCUGAUAAAGCACUAGGAUUGAUAGUAGCAACUUACAUGGUUGGCUACCACUGGAGACACAUUUCAUGACUUUCUUUUCAAAUAGAAUGAUGAUUUUUUUCAGUGCUCUGUCUUAUAAACAUGGUAUGGGUACAGACAUUAAGCUUCAAAGAUUAAUUUAUAGAAAUGUCUUCAUUUGAUUUUCUCCUAGAUACCAUAACUUUUGGUAUGAAAUAAUUUAUCCACUCAAUGUCAGUUGUUAAAGUUUGUGUAGAUAAAGUUUGUGUUCUUAUCUAU